UCCAAGCAAAAUGACAUUUCAGCGUCCCCAAGGGAAAGACAGAGCCUCCAUCACAUCCACCUCCAGACAGAACCUGCAAUGGAACAUCUCCCGCUGCUGCGUGUCUUCAUGGUGUGCCUGCUGGCCCUCCACCAGUGCCUGGCGCUGCCACUGGGCACCCAGUGUAUGGACGAAUCCCUCUGCACAUACAGCCUGCAGGACUACUACAGCCAGCUGGUCAGCCUGCCGGGACGCAUCAACGAACGCAGCAUCGCCACUUGGAGCUACGUGGAGAACAUCGACUUGAACCGGGUGCCUCAGGUCAUCCAUGAGGCCAGCUGCCACACCAGCCACUCCUGCAGGGGUCUGGACAAUGCUUUCGGUCUAGAGACCAUCCCCGUGUCCCUCAGGAUGCCCGUCCUCAAGAAGAACCCCGCCUGCUUCCCCACAGCCAGCUACUCUCUGGAGUUUGAGCUCAUCACCAUAGCCUGUAUAUGUGCCAUCUCCAGACACAGCUGAACAGGACGGACUGCUCAACAACAAGUGGUUCACUUGAUGCAGAUGGGAUUCUUUUUUUUUUUAAUAAUUCAUAAUUUAUUUCAUUUAUUUGAUUUAUUGAUGCACAUUGAUCACCAUAUCUAAAUGUACCAGUAUGAUUGUCCCACAGCCUGAUGUUAAAAAGUCAUUAAAACAACAAAUAAAAAUCACAACAAGGUC